AAGCUUGCUUGCUGAGUAACAUGACUUUCAUGGACCUGUGUAGAGCAGACGAUCUAUCGCCGCCUGCUACUCCUCCAGGAUCCAGCGUAUCCUCCUCUUCUCCUUCUCCUACAUUGCUGACCCGGCCUCCGCAACGUUUGAGGCAGAAUUACCCUGAUCAAUCAUUUGCGGACAUGCUCAUUCAGCCUUCUGCAUUGUUUUCAGGAUGUGAACUCGAUCAUCUCCAGCAGGUCAAGGCUGCAUUCCAACAAAUGGACUCUCAACAAAAGCAAUACUUUCUUUUUGAAAUCUUAAAUUGCUGCGAUACCCAACAGCUCAACUUUGUCAGCUCCUACAUUGCACCUCGCCUCAAAAUUGACUUUCUCAAAGAACUUCCGAUAGAAAUAUCACUAUAUAUCCUAUCCUUCAUUGAUGACCCAAAAACCUUGGCCCGCGCCUCUCGUGUGUCCACUUUUUGGAACUCUCUUCUCAAGGAUGAAACUACUUGGAAGACAUUAUGUCAUAAGCACCAUUACAGGCGGCGAAACUCAACUAUCAAUGGUACAUCUUUGCUUGGCCCUCCGGCUAGGCGUCUGGAUUUUUCAUACCGCGAAUACUUUAAGCGGAAGUACAACAUUGAAGCUGCCUGGGAGAAUGGUGGCAAAGUGAGUACUUUCCUUGAUAGCUUGGAUCCCGGCUUAGUCACCAGUCUCCAAUUUGACGACGACAUCAUCGUUGCUGGCUGCGAUAAUCACAAAAUUGAAGUCUUUGAUGCGAGAUCUGGAACAAAAUUGCGAACCAUGGAAGGCCAUGAAGGUGGUGUAUGGGCACUUCAAUUUUUCGGCUCUGGUGAGCCUGGUGAUCAUCGUAUCCUUGCCUCGGGCGGCUGUGACAGAAAUGUCCGCGUUUGGGAUUUAGAUACCGGCCGCCUCCUUCAUGUCAUGAGAGGACAUACCUCAACCGUCCGUUGCCUAAAGCUUCGAGACAAGAACACGGCUGUCACUGGAUCAAGGGAUAACACGCUCCGUGUGUGGGACAUUGAACGAGGCGUUCAAAAAUUUGUACUUUUGGGACAUCAAGCUUCCGUUCGAUGUCUAGAGAUUCAUGGUAAUCUCGCAGUGUCAGGCUCGUACGAUUCCACAGCCCGUAUUUGGGAUUUAGACACCGGCCGAUGUCGACAUGUUUUAUCUGGUCACUAUUCACAAAUCUAUUCCAUUGCUUUCGAUGGCGAAAAGGUUAUUACUGGUUCGCUCGAUACUAGCAUCCGAGUAUGGAGUGCUGAAACUGGACAAUGCAUUGCUACCCUUCAUGGUCACACUUCUCUUGUUGGCCAACUUCAGCUUAGUGGACAUACACUAGUCAGCGGAGGGUCGGAUGGAUGCUUACGUGUUUGGGAUCUCGAUAGCUUGGAGUGUGUACACCGCAUUUCCGCUCACGACAACUCAGUCACUUGUCUCCAGUUUGACGACCGACGUAUCAUUAGCGGAGGAAACGAUGGUCGAACCAAACUUUGGGAUAUUAAGACCGGACGAUUGAUUCGCCAUCUUACUCAUCCCGCCAAAACUGUCUGGCGUCUUCAAUUCACCGACACAAAAGCGGUAAUUGUCAUGCAACGACGAAGAAGUACCAACCCAGAUGAAAGUCGAAGUGCCAUGGAACUGCAUAACUUUGAUCUCUUGGCUGAAGACCCGUCUGUGGUCACGGCCGAUGAAGAUGUUGAGAUGGCAUGAUGAAGUUUUCUACAAAAACCACAACCCUCCCUCCCUGUUCUGAAACUUGUAUUGCAUCUCAUCGCCACUCUUCUGCUUGUGUUUCCCUUUCUUUCUUUCUACUGUACUUAUUAUCAACUUCAGAUAACCCCCCCCGUCGUUUCUUUCAGCCAGGUUUCUUAAUGGUUUUUCAUCAACCAGCUGAAACAUACCUCCCGCGUAUUGUAUCUGCUCUUUUUCUUUGUGUGUUCCCUGCUAUUACUGUUUAUAUUACUCCUUUCUCACUUUUGUUUGUUGGCUUUGUUACUUGCCCAUGGGGCAUCCUUGUUUGGCUAUUUUCUUCCGUUGUCAUCAGCGUUUUUCAAAAAGCGUUUGUCAUAUAUGUGUUGCUGCUGCCUUGGGAGAAAUAAAUCGCACGAGUCAGACUCAGUCUGUAUGCAAACGAUGAGGGUAUACGAUGUAUACUACCGAAGGAUGC